GUACAACACACCUCGACCUGGUGUUGUUGUCGGGUUGGAGCCUGUCCGGUCGGCGAGAAAGGGAUUUGUUCCCAUGGAACGGAACUUCACCAUGGAAGAGUUUGAAGCUUCCUAUCCAAGCUACAAUGAGGAGCUGAAGUCGACGACUAUCCUGCACGACACUCUGACGGUUCUCGAGAACUUCAACCCGAACCUUUUUAACAAUACGGAUAUGGGAGCAAUCCCGGACCAGGCCAUGGAAGACUACGAUGGAUACCCGCGAGAUGUUUGAAUGACCACAUGCAGAGAAUGGGGAGCAAGGACGAGGACGACAGGGACAAGGAAAGGACAAGGACAAGGACGCGAACAAGGACGAGGACGAAGGCAAUGACGAGGAUGUGUCAUCGCAAUGCUGUAAUCAAUUGCAUGCCUCCGGCAUAGUACCUGCUGUGCUGUGUGCACCCGUACUCGUUGAUGUUGACCUGUCAACGAUCAGCCAGCCGAAGCAAGGCAGCUGGACUCACCGCGUACUUGCCUUCUUCGCUGUUGAUGCUCUCUGUUGUCACCGAUCUGAUCGCAGAUAAGGCAAGGAGCAGAGAGAACAGGAGAAGGAAGGAGGACAAGGGAAGUGGGGGGAGCGUGUGGCGGGCAAAGGGCAGACGAGGAGAAUAAGCAGUACCUGCACAUGCUCCCCAGGAGGUCGACAAGGCGACGAUGAAUCUCCAAGGACCUCACAGCGUUGAGAAUGAAGAGUUUGCCUCCUGCUC